AUGGACCGGCCCAUGGGCCCACGAAGGCCCGACAAGCGCAAUGCGGCCUACGAAUCCAUCUUCGGCCGGCCGAGCGCAACCCACCAUCAGCUCCAUCCCCAAGACCCUGGCCAGUACGCCCCGGGUCCCUCCCCACUUCCGUACCAGCCGCCGCCGCCGCAACAGCAACCCUAUCCUUAUUAUCCGCAGCACGCCUCCCCCCCGCUCGACCGCCGCACCUCCCACUCGUCUGCUCGAAACCCGUCCCUCCAGUACUCCCAACCGGCCCCCACGAACAACCGGCAGUCGUACUACUCCGCCGCCCCCUCCGUACCGCAACCCCCCGUGCCCGUCUCCCAUGGCUUCCAGCAGCACUCAUAUGUGCAGCAGCAGCAGCAGCAGCAGCAGCAGCCACGGUACGGCUACGCCACUUCUCUUGCGCCCCCAUCCAUCGCAAGUCGCGCUCGCUCAAUCGGCAGCUCUCCCGGGAUCAUCGCCCCGCUCCCGGAGGAGUCUGCGGACCCGGGACUGGAGCACUACACCCAGGCCGGGAUGACGCCCGCCCAAGCCUACCUGGCGCAGGUGUCGCGGACGCAGCCGCACGCCAACGGGAGCCCGAUGGCCCAGCAACAGGCCUGGAGCUCAGCAGAGCACCUGCACCAUCAGCCCCAGCAGCGAUUUCGGCCCGAACACUCACCCACGCCCUCUGCCCCUCUGCCCGUGCAGCACCAGAGCGGCCCGCGGGGACCCCGGCCGCAGUCCGCACAGACGCUGCCGUCGACGGCGGAGGACAAGGUGCUCGACUUCGCGCUCCCGCAAAUCAGCAUGCAGUUCGAGGCGGAGGACGGACGGCUGGGGCUGGACUUCAGCGAGCGGGGGAACAACGGCGGCAGCACGGCGAAGGCCACGGAGAUUACCUCGACCAGCGACGAUGACGACGACGACGACGACGACGGCGAUCUCAGUGAGCUGCCGUACAGUAGACCGCAGCGCAUGUCCACGCCGAAUAGCGUGCGAUCGCGCUUGUCGACAUCGUCCACCAAGGGCGGCAGCGGCGACUUCACCAACUCCUCCAUCCCGUUUGCGUCCUCGAGCUCCUCCCGCCCCUACCCCCUCCAGGUCGACACCGCCAUGGCCGUGGCCCACGCCGCUGGCGUCAACUUGUCCCCCGCAUCGUCCACUCUUGUCGAAGAACCACAAACGCAGGCGAGCAGGGCUGCUCCUAGCCACCACAGCGCAAACGGACGGAGAUCUUCGGACUCUGCGAAGACCCUCCCGCCUCAGUUCCACCGCAACCGGAGCAUCAACGACCGUACACAGUCCAUGUCCGCUACGAUGUCGCCCCACGUCCACGCUGUGAUUGAAGCGGGCCGGAACGGCCGGCCUCCUGUCCCCUCCGCGCCUCCAUCCGGCGGGCGCGACUCUGCAACACCUGUAGCUACUCGACCGAAACGAGGGCCUAUUGUGUACCCGGCGCUGCUGUCGCGCGUCGCGGAGGCGUUCAAGACGCGCCUGCAGCUCGGCGACGGCGUCAAGGACGGGCUGACGUACAAAGACUCCUUCGACGGACGGGAAGCGGUCGACACGAUCGCGUACAUCAUCAAGACCACAGACCGCAACCUCGCGCUGCUCCUCGGCCGGGCGCUGGACGCGCAGAAGUUCUUCCACGCGGUCACGUACGACCACCGGCUCCGCGACUCGUCGCACGACCUGUACCAGUUCCGGACGAAGCUGCCCAGCCCGUUCGUCUCGGGCGAGCUCGCGAACGUGCCCCCGGAGCACGAGGAGCUGCUCAAGGCCCUCAGCGCGACGCCGCAGCCGCUCAUCGGUGGCGCGGACAGCAGCGACGACGGCGCCAAAAAGGAGUGCCCGACGCCUUCUGCGGAAGCCGAGGACGGGGAUGCGGAGAAGAAGGGCGGGUCGCGUUCGGGCUCGCCUACGCCCUCGGUUACUGCCUCCCCCGUAACGCGCCCGCGCGCGGGUUCGGUGUCCUCAGACGACGUGCCGCUCCCGACGGGGGUCUUCACGCUCCUCACGGACUGCUACUCGCCGACGUGCACGCGCGACCAGCUGUGCUACUCCAUCGCGUGCCCGCGGCGGCUGGAGCAGCAGGCGCGGCUGAACAUGAAGCCACAGCGGGAGUUGAAGAAGCAGAUCAGCAAGGAGAGCCUGGGCGAGAUCGUGGAAGCGGGAACGCUUUGGAUCCACUCCGUGCCUGCGGAAGUCGUGGCGAGCGUGUCGGACCAGGAGAAGAAGCGGCAAGAGGCGAUCAACGAGGUCAUCUACACGGAGCGGGACUUCGUUCGCGACAUGGAGUACCUGCGAGACCUCUGGAUGAAGCCCUUGAGGGAAUCCGACAUCAUCCCCGAGGAGCGUCGACAAGACUUCCUCGAGCAGGUGUUCUGGAACGUCCAAGACAUCAUCGCCGUGAACACGCGACUACGAGACGCGCUCAACAAGCGGCAGAAGGCCUACGCCGUCGUCGAGCAGAUCGGCGACUGUCUUCUCGAGGCCGUCCCACACUUCCACCCGUUCGUGUCCUACGGCGCCCACCAGCUGUACGGCAAGUACGAGUUUGAGAAGGAGAAGAACUCGAACCCAGCUUUCGCGAAAUUCGUGGAGGAAGUUGAGCGGAGGCCGGAGUCCCGCAAGCUCGAGCUCAACGGUUACCUCACGAAACCGACGACCCGUCUCGCUCGUUACCCGCUUCUGCUCGAGGCGGUCCUCAAGCACACGCCAGACGAUAACCCGGACAAGGUCACGCUGCCCGAAGUUGUCAAGGUCGUGCGCGAGUUCUUGAAGGCCGUCAACGCGGAGACGGGGCGUGCGGAGAACAGGUUCAACCUCUUGCAGCUCGAUCAGCAACUGGUCUUCCGUCAGGGAGAGGAAGUGGAUUUACGAUUGAAAGAGGAGGGACGUGAGCUCAUUUACAAGGGCGCACUCAAGAAGCGCGGAGGCGGUCAGGGUGACAGUGGCGAGCUCAUGGUUUUCCUGUUCGAUCAUGCGUUUCUCAUGGUCAAGCCCAAGAGCAAAAUCGAGCAGUACAAGGUGUAUCGUCGCCCAAUACCCCUUGAACUUCUUCUCGUCUCUGCACCCGACGACUACGCGCUGCCCAGGUCCAAUAACGCUAAACAAAGGCAGCUGGUCAAGAACUCUCCACACGCACCCGUGGUCCCCGUCAAGGAUGUGAAGGGUGGAUUCUCGCUCACCUUCGUCCACCUUGGCCGGAAGUACUACCAUAUCACACUGUGGGCGAGCACUUACGUCAGUCAACGAAAAUGGGUGGAGCACAUACAGAAGCAGCAGGACAUGAUGCGCGAACGAAGCAACAUCUUUGAGACGGUCACGAUCAGCGAGGGUUUCUUCGUGGGUGUCAACCGGGUCAACUGUGCGGCGCCAUUUGAUGGCGGUAGGAAGGCGGUCUAUGGUACUGACGACGGCGUCUAUCUCUCCAAUCUCAUGGAGCGCAACCGAGAGCCGAUCAAAGUGCUUGCUCUGAAGGACGUUGCCCAAGUGGAUGUGCUCGAAUAUUAUCAGCUUCUCAUCGUCUUGUCAGAUCCCAUGGAUCCGCUGUCAGGGCUCAAGCGGGCCAAGAGGAUAGCAUCGCACAUCUCGUUCUUCAAGGCCGGCGUUUGUCUCGGCCGGACCCUCGUGUGUGCCGUCAAGUCGAGUCCACUAUCAAGUACGAUCAAGACGCUCGAGCCCAUUGAUCAACACACUCGCGGGAGAAGCAAGCCGACAUUCCGGAAGCGGUUGCAGGGCGGGAACGACACCCUGCAGGUGUUCAAGGAGUUCUAUAUCCCGCUCCAAUCGAGCUCCAUCCACUUCCUGAAGACUCGUCUGUGUGUCGGCUGCACAAACGGCUUCGAGAUCGUGGAUCUGGAUACGCUGGAUACGCAAGGCUUGUUGGACCCAGCGGACACCUCGCUGGAGUUUAUCCACAAGAGGGAGAACUUGAAGCCGCUUGCCAUCUACCGAAUAGACAACGAGUUUCUCCUGUGUUAUGACGAAUUCGCCUUCUAUGUCAACAAGACCGGGUGGCGCUCUCGACGGGAGUUCAUGGUGUAUUGGGAGGGUUCGCCAACAGGCUUCGCUCUGCAUUACCCUUACGUCCUCGCGUUCGAGCCCACGUUCGUCGAGAUCCGUCAUGUGGAGACGGGCUCGAUGUCGCAGAUUAUUCAGGGCAACAACCUGCGGUGUCUCUUCGCUGACACACCUCCAUCAACAACCAACUCCGCCAACAACCCCUACAGCUCACCUUACCAACAACAAGGAUACGGCUACAACCAGUACGGACCCCCCAACGGCUCAAACGGCUACGGGAACUAUCAGAACGCCUACAUGCAGCGGCAGCCGCAAGGCGUCGGUCGGGACGAGAUCUACAUGGUAUCGGACGACCAGAUCAUGCGCCUGCAGAUGACCCAACAAGCCCGGGCUGCGCUGUACCAUGGGCAGCCACAGUAG